AUGGAAGAGAUCACGAUCCUGCUCGAGGACCUCGCGCGCGACGCGCAGACGACGAAGCGCCGCGCCGCGGUGCUCGCGCGCCUCGAGGCCCUCGCCGGCGACGUCGAGGCGCUCGCGGCCGGCGAGCGCGCGCGGAGAGCUCGGGCGCUCGUCGUCGUCAUCCUCGCGCGCGCCGCGCCGCGCCUCCGCGGCUGCGACGUCGUCGAGGCCGUCGGCGCCGGCCGCGCGGGCGAAGCGCUCGUCGACGCGCACGCGUUUCUCUCCCGCGACGAGAACCCCGUCGUCGAGCGCUGGGCCGCGGCGCUCCUCGACGCGACGCUGCCCGGCGCCUACGCCCAGCACAUCGGCUUCGACGACGCGGCGCCCAUGGCCGAGCGCGUCCGCGACUUCUCGGCGAAGGUCAACGCCGUCGCCGAGGGCCUGCUCCGCGAGGACCUGCUCCGCGACUUCUUCGCCGCGGCGCCGCCGCCCGGCGACGCGGCGACGGCGAGCCUGCUGGGCGUCCUCGCGAACGUCUUCGCCUUCGCGUCCAAGUUCCAGGCCAAGCUCCGCCAGAAGCUCGCGCGCGACGGCGACGUCGCGCGACACGUCGCGCUGCCCCUGCUCCGGCGCUGCUGCGCCGGCGCGGCGCGCGGCGCGGAGCCCGCGGCGCGGCGGCGCCACUGGGGCCGCCUGCUCCUGAGCCUGCGGCUCCUCGUCGUGGCCACCUUCAAGCUCAAGGCCGCGCGGAAGGCCGUCUGCGACGACGACCCGACGGCCGCGGUCCUCGCCGUCGUCGACGACGACGCGGCCGACGACGACGACCGGUUGUCGGGCGUCGGCGGCUGCCUCGCGCUCCUCGUGAAGCUCAACGUGAACGUCGAGGGCGGCUACGGGCCGGCGUGGCGCGCGACGGCCGAGCGCGCCGCGCGCGACCUCGCGGACCGCGUCGGCGGCCUCCGCGCGACGUCGCGCCACAUGUUCCAUCGGCACCUCCAGCUCCACGACGGCGUCCCCGUGAACCGGGGCUCGAGAGCCUGGACCAUCGUCCACGGCGCCGUCAAGCGGCGCGACCGCAAGGGCGACGACGACCGCGACGGCAAGAGCGGCUCGCCGCCGCGGUCGUCGCUCGGCUCGCCGCCGCCGCGCGUCGGCCCGUCGACGCCCGCGGCGUCGCCCGUCGACUGGGAGUCGCAGCCCCGGAGCGACUCGCGGGAACUCGCGGGCGCGCUGUCCAAGGCGCUCCUCCGGGGCGACGCGGGCUCGCCGGCGUCGCCGCUCGAGCCGCCGUCGCCCGCGGCGCUCCGCGACGCGAAGCGGACCGCCUGGGCGCCGCGCGAGCCGGCGUCGCCCGCGUCGCCCGCGGCGCUCUCCGGCGCGAAGCGGGCGCCGACGUGGACGCCGCACCGCGUGCCGCCGCUGCGGUCCGGCGGCGCGCCCGUCUACCCGGCGCUCGCGCCCGCGGCGAAGCAGCCGCCGCCGCCCGACGACGACCUCUGCUGCGCGCUCACGGGCGCGCUCAUGGACGAGCCCGUGCGCGUGCCCGACGCGGCGCGCGCCGUCGACAAGGCCGCGCUGCUGGACCACGUCGCCGAGUUCCGGCGCUGGCCCGUGACGGGCGCGGCCUUCGACGGCGGGGACGUGGACCUGCUGCCCGUCGACGAGGCCCUCGCGCGGCGCAUCGCCCACUUCAAAUUCGCGUCCCUCGUCGCGACGCACCCGAUCCUCGCGCCGGAGCCGCGGCGCGCGACGACGCGCGCGUCCUAG